GUGGUAUUAUAACUUGUACUCGCUACGGCGUUUUAUUACUGUUCGUGAGUGAAAUUGUUCAGUUAAUCGGAGCAUUCCACUCUGUAUUCAACCACUUCAAAAAUACAUACGAAUAUCAUUUCUGUACCACUUAUAUUACUUUCAGAAAUGCGGAAUAGUCUCAGCUACAAGCUUAUUUUUCUUAAUAGUACUGAUGAAAAUGCUGCAAGCCAUAAAAGGAAUACGUAUAUUGAAUUUUUAAGCUUAUGGUGCAUUCAGUAUCAAUGGUACAGAGAUCCCUUCAAGUUAUGGAUUCAGUCAACAUCUGUUGAUUCAUUUUUCCUAUUUGGAUGUGUUGAUUGUGGCGAAAGUGUUGAAGAUGAAUGGUUCAUUGUUUGGAUGCUUGCCGAAAUAAGCAAAUUAGAUCCAGAAGUUAUUAUUCAAGUUACUGAUGAAGACGGUGAAUUCCUUCUUAUCGAAUGUGCAAAUCAGUUACCAAGCUGGAUCAAUCCCGAGAAUGCUGAGAAUCGUGUUUGGUUUUACCGAGGAGAAUUGUGUAUUCUUUGCAAAGAAAGAAAGCUAAAAAUAACAUUGAAUUAUGCAUUAGAGGCUUUCAGAAAUUUUGACAAGGCCGUAUUUCUUAUAUCAAAUAAUAUACAAGCUAGUAUACAGGCAAAAACAAAAAAGUAUCCAGAUUUUGUUAAGACUAUGCAUUUGGCUCACAUUACUGUUCCGUACCCGGUUGCAGCUGUUUUCACAGUUUUUGGUUCAAAGGAUAUAAUUAAUUCAUCUAUUGAUGUUCUAGCUGAUAAAGUUUCCGAACAUUCUGCUGUACAAUCAUGGUUAAAGCUGUUUAGCAAUAAUUUGACCAUUUUCGCAAACCGUUGCAAGAAUAAGGGUGGUGUUCUUAAAUCAAGCUGGCCAAGAUUAGCUGAAUUAUCGAAUUCAUAUGUAACAAUCCCAAUGCGAUUCAAUAGACUUCGUUACGCUCUACUGCGUUCUUUACCAACACCAAGCGGAUUUGAACAACCUCCAAAUGAUGAUCUGGCUUCUAGCCGUUUAGGUGCUGAACUUGGAUUAAAAUUGUGCAUUGGACUUGAUUUAUUGUUAAACCUUGUGGGAAAACAUGAACGCGAUCCGAACUUUUCUCCAUAUUUCAUGGCUUCUGCUGAAUCUAAGGAGAAAUGGAAUAAAUUUAUAGAAAGACUGACCAAUAGCAGUUAUUUUCAGGGUGUUUCAGAAGGAUCGUGGUUGCAUAAUGAACUACUUCAGCAAGCUCAGUGGCACUUUCUUGAAUUUCUUCCAGAUAAGCCACCUGUACCACCAGUUUGCAGCAGUGCUGAUGAAUCCCUGUGUAAUACACAAACAACACAGAACAAUCUUCAGAAACACAGUCAAUUUGUGUAUUCCAUUUUAAAUUACAUGGAGAAUAAUGAGUGUUAUUCAUCUUGUGUGCAGAGGUUUUAUUCGUUGGAGGCGAACGGAAUACCUCCGGCUGAUGAUGAAUCUUGGAUGUUCGUCACCCCAGAGGAGUUAGACAAAAUGUUAUUGGAGCGAAAUGAGAUCAUUGAAUUGGAUCAACCAUGCUCAUCGAUUUCUUCACUUUUGCAAGGUUUUAUGAAAUCUUCGUCUUCUUUUAAAGGUGUUGAACCAAGAAAGAAACGUCAUGGAAUUAAGCGGAAAUCUGGAUCAAAAGAUAUCUCCAAUAUUGUACAUACUUCAAGCAGCGAAGAGAUCACUACAGAUGAUGAAAAUAUUAUUGAAGAGGAUUUUGAAAAUGGUUACUCUGAAAAUUCUCAUUCUAUUGUCGGUAAGACUCGUGAAUCUAUGAAUAUGGGCGAUAUUAUGAAGUCUUUACUUGAAACUAAUGAUAAAAUUUUGUCAAAUAAUAAGAGUUCAAUGAAACUUUCAAAGGCGCAAAAUAUCAAGUCAUGUAAAGCACUGAGUUUAUCCUUAAUUAACUCAUCACAACAGAAAACAUGUGAUGUUCUCACAAGUGAUAGUGAUGAUGAGGAUGAUUUGAUUCAUCUUUAUGGUCCUCAUUCUGAGUGUUCAACUUAUUUCAAAGAUUGUACAUCUUUCAGUUCGACUGAUAGUGUGGACGUUAUAGAUAGACCAAAACAUCAGAGUAAAGAGGUUAAGUCUGGAUCCAUAAUUCCUUGUCAUCGAAUAACAUGUACUACUAGUGACCAAUCACAUUCUUCGUACCUUUCGUCAGAUAACGAAAAACCCCAUGAUUCAAUUUAUACUUCGUCUAAAUUUAAGAAAUCAUUUUCUAUGAAAAAAUAUCUAUCACAGUUAGAAGACGAAUUAAAAAAUGAGCCAGUUAAUGUUGGUCGUUUCAUUCCAUCUAUGCAUAAAUCAUCAAUUCAGGGUAAAUCGUCUAAAUACAAAGCUAAAUUGUUACUUAAUGCAAAAAAGCCACGUGGAAAUAUUCAACUUGCUGAACCAGAGGAUAUAGAUAUCUGUCAAGAUAUUGUUGACCAAGAAUCUGAUGAUUCUUUUGAGUCAGGAGAGUCAUCAUCAGACAGCAUUGUAGAAACAUCUGAUUCUGAAUUAGAUCAAUACGUCGCUCGUAAUUUGGGUGUUUCUAUGAAAAGUCAAUCAAAUCAUAUCCACUUGCAACCUACCGGUCCUGCUGCUAAUUUAUUAUCAUCAAUGGGUUUGCCUAUACACCAGAUUUUCAAUUCAAAACAAAGUACUAGUAGAAACCAUUUUGACUAAGUGACUUGUAUAGAUACAAGUUCUCUAGUUAAAUUUGUGGUUAUUCACAUUGUCAAGUUGUAUUGUUAUUCAUUUGUAAAUAAAGACUAGUUAAUCUAUUUGUUCGAUUUCAUCAAUACCGCCAGAAUAAAUUCCAUUCAGUUAAAUUGAUGUCAAAAAACUGAAUAUAUGUUAAAUAUUAAAACUAGUCACUGAAUAACCCACUAGGAAUAGAGCAGAUUGUAUAAAAAUAAAAAUUUGCUACUCACUGUGAACUGAAC